AUGAAGUUUAUGAAGGCAAUAAUGAAGGCUUUUAUCGCGCUUUCUGCUGUUAUUAUUUGUUUGGUAUAUCUACUGUCUCAUACCAAACCUGCUUCAGCAGCAAAAGGCCCAAAAGUAACUGACAAGGUAGGAAUAUAGUGGUCACUGUCUGAUGCUUCUACAAUUGUGAAUUGUGGGCAGCAUACAGUAUAUGUGCAUGCAUGGUGAAAGGUUUGUACUGUAGAUGGGAAUUUCGAAUGGAAUUUUUAUACAUUUAUUAGACCUACCCAGGAGCAGUUGCGAAAAAUGCAACUAUCGGUUCCUGGGCAGGAAGCGAACCAACGCCGGGGCUGCAUGGCCACAGCUAGGUUUGAUUCCUGCUGCCAAGAGUUGCAUUUUUCAGAACUGCUCCUGGUUAUAGGUCUAAUAAAUGUAUAAAAAUUCCAUUCAAAAUUUUCAUUUAUACAGUACAAUUCCCUUAUAUUGAGUUAUAUCGGGUGAUCGAGAGAUGCCCAAAAUUGUGAUAGCCUAUAACAACUAUUGAAUGAGGUUGAGCAUGAUAUGAAGAAUUAUCAAGCCAGAAGUUUGUGUUAUCAACCAAAGUCGAAGGCUGAGGGCUUGAAUCUGCUUCAUAAUGCUUCAUGACUUCAUAUCUGGUGAAAACCAAAUUCAAUCAUUGUUUUAUUAUUUAUUUAAAAGAUGAAAAUGACAUCUGCACCUGAGGUCUGUGGUUCAACUCAUCAUCAUUGAAAUAAUGACCAGUUCUUUUCCCCAAAUAUUUACUUUUUCCUUUCAUGCAAACACGGGCAAAGGCGCAGCAUCAUAUUGUGACUAUCGUCUUGGUCGUGUUUCCAUAUUUACAUGAUGUCAUUUCAUUGAAUAUGACAUUGAAUAUGAUUUUAUCACAUUUGAUUUAUAUAUGAUGUCACUCGGCUCAAUAAUAUGCCAAAACUCCAUAUUUGGUCAGCUAUUCAGUUGAUGAUGAUUUCACAGUUGGCUGUUAGCCAAUCAGCAACCAUGAUCUGCAGUAAAUAAAUAAUAUGCAUAUAUUUAGUUUAGAACCUAAAGUAUAUUUUUAUAUUUGAAUAAAAAUAUAUGAUAAUCAUAUAACCAAUAGAUUAUAUCUCCAUUUCUAUCUCCAUGACUAUACAUGCAAGUACAGUAGAACAGCUUCUCAAAACUAUGGUGUAAUUUUGCAGGUAUAUUUUAAUAUCACAAUUGGUGGUGAAAAAGCAGGUCGAAUUGUGAUUGGUUUGUUUGGUGGCACUGUACCAAAGACGGCUGAAAACUUCAAGGCCUUAGCUACUCACGAGGUUUGAAAAUCAUUGAUCAAAUGUAUUGAAUGGCAAGUGGUUGAAUAUGGGGGAGAGAGACAGAUUUAAAUUAUUAACUUGUUAAUUAAGUCACAGGCUGAUCCACCCCUCGCAGAGGCCGCAAGCAAUAUGACAAAUUCUUCAUUAACUCGUUGAAUUGCAUUGCUCCUCGAUGCACCCUACUUUAUUGUUUUACUCUGUCUAACUUACCCAGAUAAUUUUACUUGUUAAAGGGGAGAGCGCUUGUGCUUAAUGGGUUAAUGGCACUUAUAAUGAUAUCACUUAAUGAUAAUUUAAAUGGCAGCACUCUCCCCCUGACAAGUAAAAUUGUCUGGCAAUCACACAGAAUAAAAUAAUAAAGUACCUGAGUGUAGGGUGUAUUGGGGCGCAUUGCCACGUAAUGGAUCGAUUAAUACAGGUAUUACUGCCCCCUAGCAAUUAAGGCUGGUAGCUAAAUCAAUUUUCACAUUUUUUACACUUGAGUGCUUCAGUGCUGGGUUGUUAAUUAAUACACUAAGCCUCUUUGAAGAAUGGUCAUAUUAGCUCCAAAGUAAAAAGAAGAUUGACAUGAAUUUAUAAUCACUUUCAUUGGAAAUUUUGUAAUAUUAGAAGAUGAGGUUGAAAAGGGCUUAUUCUUUAGCACUUUUGGACUGGGGGCUUAUAUUAAAAGGAGGGGCUUACAGUAAUAGAGGAAAUAUCAUAGCUUAGAAAACAAGACAUAAUUCAUGCCUAAACAUGUGCCCAUGUGUAUACAACUAUACGUGCUAUAAAAUCAAAAGAAAAAAAUUGUGCAACUCAAGUGAGAAUGUGCAUGUGCUGUACAAAUUAUAUAAUUUUAUAAAAUUGCUAAUUAAUUAUGACAUUUCUUCUUAAUUUUUAAAGAAAGGAUUUGGGUACAAAGGCAGUAAAUUUCAUCGUGUAAUAAAAGAUUUUAUGAUUCAGGGUAGGUAAUACUAGGUAUAUUAUAGCAUCAUUGUAUCAAGGUUGAAACUUCAUGUUACAAACAAAUUUGUUUCCCAUUUAGGAGGUGAUUUUACAAGAGGUGAUGGGACAGGUGGUAGGUUAAGUUAAUAUAUCAUAUCAAACAAGAUUGAAUAAGAAUUGAUAGGGAAUGGCAAACAAGAGUUAGCAUGAGGUUGAGGGCCCCCUAUACUUUUUGCGUGAAGCGUGAAGGGCUUAUUUUACUUCGCCGUGAAACGUGAUCGGGCCCCCUAUACGUUUUGCGUGAAGCAUGAAGGGCUUAUUUCACUUAGCCGUGAAACGUGAUCGAUGAUUUUCUUAAUCCGUGACUCGUGAAAAGGCAAAAUAUUUUUACGUGAAAGCAUAUUGUGAAGAGGUAUAAGGGGCCCUCUGAGGUUUUGUAUCUGCGUAGCUUGCUCCAUUAGCUAGGAUUUGCUCAGCACACAUAACUUAUGCUACCGUAUCGUUUUGAUAGUUGUUAGCCUGUAGCCAAUCAGGAACUUAGAAAAUUGCAUAACAAUUCUUUCAAAUGUCAUUCAUUUGAAAUUUAACAUGGCGUGGCGUUGAUGAAUAUGUUUUCAUAUGGGAUUAAGAACACCCCCGACCUUUCCCCGCCCACAAUUUAGAACCAUCAUAUAACUAACAUGCGCAGAUACGUGUGCGCUUGACGUACCUAUUGUUUUUUUCAAACGAGAACAAGAUAACUGUAAAUGGUUACAGUAUAAGUAUUUGGGGCAUCCCACUCGAUACAACUAAUUAGCCUUUCUCACGCCGCCAUUUUUGGGGGUACGGUAAUUUUUCAUGAACAAUGUGAAAAGCAAUAUUUCAGAACAAACUAAGUAUUACAGAGUAAAUUUAUCAUCAUACACCCACAAAAUUAUAAAAUGUCGCCGUUAGGUGGUGUUACGCUCGCAGGAUUGGCAAAAAAGUACCCCAAAAAUGGCGGCGUGAGAAAAGCUAAUGGACCAUUUGCAUUAUAGACUAAAUUUUGAUCUAAACAAGUCUAGACAAAAGUUUCAUCACAGCUUAAAAGAGCAUCACAAAAUUAGUAAUAUUCCAAAGUUUCGUUGCGAAAUGUUGUAAAAUGCGGAUAAUAUAGCCUUGCAAAGUUUGCCGUUUUUCAGUCAUUUUGUAUUACAAACGGGAAAUUGACAGCCCCAAAGGUAAUUUAGGCUGUCAAUUUUCCCCGCGUAUUGCAAAAUGACUGAAAAACGGCAAAAGUCGCAAGGCUAUAUUAUCCGCAUUUUACAACAUUUCGCAACGAAAUUUUGGAAUAUUACUAAUUUUGUGAUGCUUUUCAAGCUGUGAUGAAAUUUUUGUCUAGACUUGUCUAGAUCAAAAUUUAGUCUAUAAUGCAAAUGGUCCAUUGCAGAAAUGUUUUGUAGAUGGAAAUUUCGGGCGUAAAUUUUAUACAUUUAUUAGAUCUAGCCAGGAGCAUUAUUGCGAAAAAUGCUGCUAUAGAGUAUAGUCCCUCUGGAAUCAAGCCUGCAGCUCCGCGAUUCCGGUGCUGCGUUUUUAAGAACCGAGCUACAGAGCCGUUCAGUUGACAGUUUUUUUUCAGGGAUCUUUUAGGGCCGUAAAACGGCCCCCAAAAGGGCUCAAUCUUGAAUUUGAGUUUUGAAACUAAUCAUCUCAUCAAAAGAUUCUGUGCAGUAAAAUGAAGUUGUUUGAGUUAAAUUCAUGACGUGUGCAAAAAAGGUUUUAAUUGACUGGAAUUCAUUUCACAACACAAGAACAACAAUGCAUUCACCGUCUUUAACCAGUUUAUAGUGUCCCUUUGUGCCCCUGCUUUAACACAUUGUAUCUCAACUACACUAAAGUGGGUACAGGUUUCAGCCUCCCAGGGGAGACAGCCGCCUCAGACCCCCAGCUGUUCAGCUAAACUCAAUCUUCUCUGCAAAAACGGAUCCAAGAGAAAAUCCUGGAAAAAAACCCUGGUUUAUCAUAGUUAGUAGAAAAUAAACAUGGUUUGGAAGCUUGACAAAAGUCAUUGUUCUAUGUUUUUGUCCAAGUUUAUGGAAAUUUGUGCACUCGGAUUCUGUAUAAUGAGGCGAUUACCCAAUGAGAACCUUAGUUUCAAUCGCUGAACCCUAAUAUUUGAAUAUUAAUAAACGCAAGACAAAAGAUGUGUGCACUCGGAAUUACAUUUCAACAUCAGUUGAAGUUUGUAUAGGAAAUUCUUUGAAGUUUACCGGCCUUCCUAACCAUGUUUAUUUCUAUUAACUAUGGGUUUAUGUAUGUACAUGUGUACUAAGGUGAUGCAAAUUAUGAGGUGGAUGGUCAAGUUCCGACAGAAUCUAGUUCUGAUCGGAACUGAAAAUAUUUAUUACAGUGCGCCCCUAAUAUUUAAAAUGUGGCUUGAGCGCUGGUCUCCUACCAUGAAAUAUUAUUGUAUUAAUGGUGGUAUGUUUUACACAUCUGUAUCAUAGGAAAGAGUAUAUAUGGGGAGAAGUUUCAGGAUGAAAAUUUCAAGAUCCUUCACUAUGGUGCUGGAUGGUUAAGCAUGGCAAAUUCUGGUAAAGAUACAAAUGGUUCUCAAUUCUUUAUCACCACUGUAAAGACACCAUGGUUAGAUGGAAAACACGUCGUGUUUGGCAAAGUUUUAGAAGGAAUGGUAGGUAGCAUGUCAGAAACAUAAGUAUAGCGCAUAACGUUUGAUUUCAAACCUAAUAAUAUACAUUAAAAAAUUUCUCAAUUCUGUUUGGCUGAGAGCAGUGCAAUUUUUUCGAAAUACAGUGCCAAAAAAUGAAAUAGAGGGCAAAAAAAGAAAUUCAGUGCAAAUUUCUUAAUUUUCUAAUUUUUCUUAAUUUUUUUAAUUUUUCAAAUUUCUUAAUUUCUUAAUUUCUGAAUGUGAUUUACGCACGUGACUUACGCACGUACAGUAUUAUUAAAUAGAGACGUAUAGAGAAUAAUACAUGUGUGCGCGGAAAUACCAGAUUUAUUUCGAGUGUUGAACGUGAUACCUCAAGAGUGAGCGCAGCGAACGAGUGAUUAUAUAAAGUCUUUGAAAAGCGAUAAUUUUUACAGAAAAGCGAUAAUUUUCACAUGUAAAAUUAUAAAUAGUCUCACAUGUGAGAUUAUCAGUUUUAUAUCAGUGCUCGAAGUACUAUUUAACACAUGAGUAUAGCAGUAUUUUGUCAGAUAUAAGGACACGAGGCGAAGUCGAGUAUCUUUAGGUCUGAUAAAACACGCACUGCGAAUGUUUUAAAUUGCUUCAAAAACGAUCGAUCAUUGGCGACGUAAUUUUAAAAAAUACGUUGUUUCCAGGUUGCACUCGAAACCAUACUAUUACCUAUACAAAUUGCACUCUACUUAGUUCAACUAUAUACCAUUGUUAUAUAGGGGAAGCCUCGCAUAUCGAUUUUGUCCACAAGAAACGUCAUGUGUUCGUUUGUGUGUGUGUGUGGGGGGGGUUGCAGCUGUGACGUUUCUCUGCAAAACAUCAUGGAAAAAUUCGAUCGUUUUUUUCGAAAGCCUUAACAUUUCGGAAUCAUCUUUGCAGAAUAUAAAAAAGAAAAUAACUUGAUACAAACACCAGUCUAUAGCUAGUACUAUACAUUCGUAAUACCAUACCUCAUACCUGUUCUAUAUAUUUAUAUUAUUAAUACGCUUUUCUUGCCUUGAAAACACUCAAAUUUCAAGAAAAACGCGCUAAAAUUGUCAAUAUUUUAUGGGAAAAAAGUUGUUUUGAGAAACGUUGGAAUUAAGUUCAUAUAUUAAAGAUGCUGAGUGUAAAGUCCGUAUAAAUGUAAACAAACGCUUUGUUUACAUUUUGAACUAGCAUAUUUGUAAAGUAUAUGUUGUACUGAAUAUUUAACACUUUUCUGGUUCGCUAUAUGUAAAUGAAUAUAAACUAGAGCACGUUUCAAUUCAAAAAAGUUCGAAAGAUGCAAAACUUUGGGCAAUGUUUAUCAGUGCGGGUCCCCCUUUGUUAUUUGAUAGCAGACCUGAUGCGCAGAACCACAGUUAAUAGACUAGUUAACUGUGGCAGAACGGACUUUACUAAUUCAACUGCCUCGAAGACCGGUCAUCAUUAUGACAAAUUCAAAAUUUCUGUACUAUAAAGAACAAAAUAUCGAUAACUAUGUGUGACGUUUUUAAGGGGUGGGGGGGGGAGGGUCUCCAGAGGAACGUACAUAUGACGUUUUUCAUGGACAAAAUCGAUAUGUGAGGCUUCCCUAUAUAUAGCUAGGGUGAACAGCGAACGUGAUUGACUGAUUUGUGGCUUUAGAUAAAUGCAAUGUAUCUCGCCGGGCAACAGUGAAAAAUUGUUGCCCGCUCCGACCGGCUACGUUCAUAAAUAAACAAAAUGGCGACACAAUUCGCAAGUUUUUAAACUACAAUUUUCCAAGUAAAUAAAUAAUGUAAAAAUAAACAACAGGCAACAGGGUAUGCUGCUGAAACCGCUUUAGUAGGUUCUUUUAAUUUUAAACUUGUUUACACUUUUGAGUUUUUUUCAUGAAAUACAAUCUUUGUAUGAAUGUUGUUGAUUUUUCUUUCGUCGCUAUAUAGCAAAACCCUUAAUGUCCGUUCCCUCGGGAAAUAGUUGUGUUUCUCUCGGGAGCAGACAUUAAGUGUAUAUGAUUUAUCUGAAGGGAUAUUAGUACAGUAGCUACAUGAUGCGAAUUUAAGGCACUUUUUACCGUAUUUUCUGAUGUUUCUUUUGAAAGGUGCGAAUGGUGCGAAAUUUUUAAUUUCACUUUAAUGUUUUUUUCCUAGGAUGUCGUUAGAAAAAUCGAAAAUGUUGACGCUGAUCAAAGUAAGCCGAAGAAAGACUGUGCUAUUGAAGACAGUGGAGUGAUUCCUGUAGAAGAACCUUUUAAUGUUGAUAAAGACGCCGCAAAGGAAUAAACUAUCAUAAAAUUAAAAUAGAAUGGACCAAUUGCGCAUCUAAAUUACGCUUUCUGAGUCGGAUAAAUUUACAGUUCACCAAUUCAGGAAGUUUACAUAUUUGUGAUUUUCAGUACAUUUUAAGAUGAAAUUCAGUAUACUUUUGUAGAGAAAACUUCAUCUUCGUCGUCUUUUUUGGCUGUUAAAGUGACCGGAAGUGAAAAAUCCUUUAAUUAACGUCACUUCCGUUACAUGACAAGGAAUUUUUAGAUGGAAAUUUCAAGAUAUUCCUCUCACAGAUGAAUCGUAACUUGAUGUCAUGGAAAACGAUGGGAUUUUCAAAACAGUGAAAAGACAAUGGAAGACCAAUGGAAUAUUCUGAACACUGGAUCGUGAUUGGAUGGCACUGUUGUUGUGCUAAAUGUUAUACAAAGGACAUUCCCAAACAAAAUCCCCUACAUCUCAUGAAUAACAUCUCGUUCGCAGGCGCACUUUGCAUGUGGCCUGCCAGUGGGACUCAGCAGUGGCUCACAUCGUGUAUACGGAGCUAUACUCAUUCUGUCAAUAUGUGUUCGCACUGUAGGCCUUGGGCUGUUUUCCAAAAUUAUUUCGCUUCGUGGCACCCAUGUGGGAAAUACUUGGUUUGGGGUUUAUUUGAAAGGCAUAUAGGUACAUCACUACCAAAAAAAGUUCCCAAGCAAAAAGUUGCCCAAUACCGAAAAAAUGGGUGAUCAAUGAUUAUCCUCUAUUAAAUUGUAUUACAGCAAAAAAUGGGAAAUUUUAUAAUUCAAUUACAAUAAAAAUGACUUGCAUCAUCGGAAAACGUACAAAAAACCGCAUAUAAGACUUUUAAACAGCUUUUUGAUUUUUCAAAUAGUCUUUGAGUUAUUGCUGUUUUAAAUGUGAAAAUUGGACCAAAAUGUCGCAAUAAGGACUGGGUACUAGGUCAAAAACGCGUUUUUGACAGCGUAUAACUCAAAAACAAUUUUAGGUACAAAAAACUGUUUAAAUGUCUUAUAUGUAGGUUUUUGUACACUUUCUGAUGAUGCAAGUCAUUUUUGUUGUAAUUGAAUACAAAAUUUCACAUUUUCUUACUGUAAUACAAUUUAAUAGAGGAUAAUCACUGAUCACUCAUUUUCUCGGUGCUGGGCAAGUUUUUUGCUUGGGAACUUUUUGUGGUAAUUAAGCAUCUAUGGUUCUAUGAAUCGAACCACAGAAAAUCUAUUUCCCAGGGGGGUGCCACGAAAUUGCUUUUCUAGGCACUUUUUCGCACAACAGCCCACGGCCUACUGCUUUUUCCUCUGGCUUUUUCCAACUUGUUGAUAAAUCCGGAAUAAUUUGUUAUUGUUCCACCAAAUUUGAUAUCGUCCGCGCUCUGCUGCCUCUGCACGCAACAAGUUGUUGACACAUUGAUGAAUAACCCCUGGGAACGAGGUUGGUUUAGGACGACAAGUUCGUAGCAACAAGUAGCAACUUGUUACGUAGACUUUCGCAAAGUCCUUUUCAAAUGACGUCACUUUUAUUUUGCGCGCGGUUCUCAACUUCUCAUCGCUCUCAGUUUACUGUCUUAAGCCUAUUUUCCACUUCAAUCGUAACGUUUCGUAGCAUUUUCUUUUGUGUUGAAGUCAUUAGUUCCACUCUAGUGCUCAGGAAACAAAGAAAUACGCUUCGGUACGAUUCGGUUGAAGUGGAAAACGGCCUUUGAUCAGAGAGUUUUAGAUUGACGUAUUUUCGUGUUUCCCGCUAACCGCAAACGGCUAAAAAUCACGUGACAGCCAUCUUGCCGUCAAGUUACACGUUCGAAGUAGACGUUUUUACGCGAGAGAGGCUGUUUUCAAGUAGGUAGUUUCCCUCAAGGUUUUCAUGCGUUUUUUGUUCUUUUUCUUGCGUAUAAACAUGGCACUUAUGUUUACUGUCACAGAGUGUCACUAUGACUUUAUUUCUUGAUAAAAUAAGGAUAGGUAACUGCUAUCUUUGACUGAAAUAUUGUGUCGCUUUCAGUCGAUGUCAAUAAACAAAAGACGCGCAAAAGCAUAGCCCAAAAGCAUAACUGAUUCACAUUGUUUUUGUUGUUAUUUGUUUAAUUUUCUCAUAAUUCUGAGAUUUAAAGUUUUAUUCUUAGGCUAACUUUGUUUCAAAUUUUAUAAAAAUCUGUUUGUAUCUAAUACAGAACUUGGAAUAAUAUCAUGACUACGAAACCCUUUCGUUGGCCAAGCAUACAACAUGAUCUUGCAUUGCCAUUGGCUAGGGAGGUUUGAACGGGUGACGACCACAAAAGCCAAUGCAAUGGAUUGGGAUGCUAUAUUGCCCACCCAUUAAGUUCACAUUUUGGAAAUUAAAACAUCAGUAAAACUAAAUCGUUUUUAAAAUCCGAACCGCGUGCAAACAUGUAACGGGUACCUCGAAUAUACCGGUUUGCAGUUUGCCGUAAUCAGACGAACGUCAAUCUAAAACUCUCUAAUACAAUAAUACUGACGUGUAAGUGUAACGCACAGCCUGUAUUAAGCUCCGGUCGAACGGAGAUGAGAGUGCAUGAGAGUUGCUUGAGUUGGUAGGCGACUUACCUAGGGUCGUUAAAGUGGGGACCGCUGGGACUGACGGUCGCAGGCACAUUUCAGAAACUACUUGCAGGCAAAUUUUGUAUAACAUUUGAAACCAGAAGUUAUAAAAUAAAUUUUGUAAUUCCUACCCCACUACGUACUUUCCUAUCUGUUACUAUUUGAUUGUAGUUAAUGUUUAUUGGGGAAAAAUAUAUAAAGCUAUAACUCAUAAUGGCCUCUACUAAUCGGGAUCUAUAUAAAUGUUCCGCAGCCAUUUUUCUGCACCCUUGUUCAUACUUCCUCAUAGAGCUCUUAUGGUUAUUAAACCUCUUCCUAAAAGUUGUUAUCGUACUUCCCACAUAAAUUUUAGAGCAACUGAUAGAUCUUAAUACAUAAAUUACACCCUCCGAAUCACAAUCAAAGGUCAAUUUAUCCAAUACUUAUUAUUUCCAUAUUCAAAUUUUUCCGUUUCCUCUACAUAUAACAUAUCCAACAUGAGCUCCACCUUUGAAUUUACUAUAUGAGUAAAUUCUUAAACACGUCCGAAUUUAUCAUUAUGAUAAAUUCGCGGCACAUUUUGAAUUUAUCAAUAGAGUUAAUCAUAAAACCACAAUCAUUGCACAAGGUUUCUUGUUAUAAAUGUAAUGGCACUAAAAGCGAGGCUGGUCGCCAGGGGCACAGAGUAUACAGAGGCGGAACUCGCGGCGAUUCCUUUGUUCUUUGUGUCCCCGUGCCACACGUCAUUUCCACGCGCCACGCGAAUUGCUCUGGCAAGUGUCAUUCGUCGUGUUUUCAGUCAAAAGCAUAGGAAAAACACCGUUCGAAAGUAGAAAAAUAAAUAUUUUUGCGAAGUUGCUCCACCAAUCUUCAUUUUGGGACUCAAAUUUGAAAGAUAAAUGGUAAGUGGUUAUUUUUAUGUAAAAAGAUAUACGUUUAUAGGCUAAAUACAAAGAAAAAAAAGUAUAAUACAAUUUACAAUCUCGGUGCUUGUGAUGUUCUUGCCAAGAAGCAGAUUCCCAUUUCGCUAAAUUAAUGCGGGCCAAACGUAUUGCUUUCCUGUCUUUUACAUUAAUAAGAAAGCAUAGGUGCUGAUUUGAAACACAUCAGGUUCCAUGCAUGUAGCUUUGCGAUUUGUGAGCAAAAAUUAAAAGUUAAACUACCUAUGUUUUUAAUACUUUCUGUGCAACUAAUAACCACAUUCACAAAUAUAUUCUCCAGCAAAGAAACGUUUCUUUACGGAUUGUUAAUCCGCAUUUGAAGGCAUGCUCAUGCCGCGUCAGAGGUCUUUCACAUGCAGAAUAGCAGAGACUACUGUCAUUGACAUCCUUUGUCACAAAAUUAUGAUGGCAUAUUGGACAGCUAUGUUGGAUAAGGCACUUCCUUAAUAAAUAGCCUGACACAUAAGUUCAUGCAGACUAAGUUUUGUUCAAUUUCAUUUGUUUUGUAGUCGGUAUCUUCAACUGCUUGGAUUAGUGGUGGGCUUGUCUGAUCAUUUCCUGUAGAUAAAUCAGAUUG